GAAAAUGGUAGAAAAUCUGAUUUUUUUUUUUUCUCAUUCUCGUCGGUGGUGGCCCGGGACAUUCCCUCCUCCUUCCCACAAACGCAUCAUCUCCCUCACUGCCCACCUUCCCAGGCGGAGACUGUCUCUUGACUUUUCUUUUUAUUCCCCUUCCCCUUCGCCCUCCUUCUGUUUGUUGAUACCCAUUUCCAUUGCAUUUCUCUUUCUGUUUUUGUUUGUCAUUGCCUGGCUGCAUCAUGGACAAGCAAACGUUGGUGGGCCUCCUCGUGGACUCACAAGUCCCCGAUACCCAGAGAGUCAAGGCCGUCACGGCUGAGCUCCAACAAAACUACUUCAAAGACCCCCAGUCGCUCCUCCUCCUGAUCGAGAUUGUUGCGACACACGAGGACCCCAAUGUUCGGCAGCUCGCCUCGGUCCAGGCCGCCCGCCUGGCCGUCAAGCACUGGGAAAAGGUCGCCGCAGAACAGAAGGGCCAGGUCCGCGAGGCUCUCGUCCAGGCUGUCAUGAGAGAGCAGCUCGCCAGAGCCCGCCAUGCCGAGUCCCGUCUCGUCGCCGCCAUCGCUGCCCUUGAUCUGGAGGAUGGCCAGUGGCCCGACCUGGUGCCUUCGCUGCUCAACUUGGGCGCCAACGCCGAUGUCACACAGCGCGAGAUUGGCUCCUUCAUCAUCAUGAGUGUUCUCGAGGAGAACCCAGUCGCGUUUGCCGACGACAUGAUGAAGUUGCUCGAGCUUUUCAGCCAUACCCUUCGUGACUCGGCCAGCGCAGAGGUUCGCAUCAACAGCAUGAUGUCGGUUGGCGCUAUGCUCAUGCUCUUCGAGCCUCUCGAGGAUGAGGAGAGCGUCGCCAAGCUCCAGACCCUCAUCCCCGCCAUGGUGGAUGUGCUCAAGGAUGCUGUCACGGCCCAGGACGAUGAGAAGAUAACCAACGCCUUCGAGGUCUUCCAGCAAUUCCUGGCUUAUGAGUCCGCGUUACUUGGCAAUUAUCUCAGGGACCUGGUCCAGUUCAUGGUCGAUCUCGCGGCCAACAAGCAGGCGGACGAUGACGUUCGCUCCCAGGCCAUCUCCUUCCUGGUUCAGACUGUUCGCUACCGCCGCAUGAAGAUCCAAGGCAUGAAGGGCAUGGGCGAGCAGCUCACACAAAAGAGCUUGUUGAUCCUCACCGAGAUUGACGAUGACGAGGAUGAGGACGAGAUGUCCCCUGCCCGCUCUGCUCUCUCCUUGUUGGACGCACUGUCGAGUGAUCUCCCUCCUCGCCAAGUCAUUGUCCCUCUGCUUGAUGCGCUUCCACAGAUGACCAGCCACGCCGAGCCAGGGUUCAGAAAGGCCGGUGUCCUUGCCCUCGGCAACGUGGUCGAGGGUUCCCCGGAUUUCGUCGCCUCCCAGAUCGAGUCCAUCAUGCCAUCUGUCAUCGCCCUCCUGAACGAUAACGAUGUCGGCGUUCGUCACACGGCCUUGAUUGGCCUUGCCCACCUUGCCGACGAGAUUGCCGAGGAGCUUAUUCCCUUCAACGAGGCUAUCAUGACCGGUCUAGUCAAGAACCUCCAGGCUGCCACUGCCGAGACUCAGGACCAGUCUCUUGCCAAGAAGAAUAUCGAGAUCAUCCGCUCCGUUUGCGGUGCUCUUGAUGCCAUGUCUGACGCCCUCGAAUCCGACUUCAUGAAGCAAUACUCUGGUGAGCUUAUUGGCCUCAUCGGCGGUCUUAUCAACCACGACAAUCACAAGGUCAAGAUCGCUGCCUCUGGCGCCCUGGGUGCCAUUGCCGAGUCUCUGGGCUCCGACUUCAAGCCUUCUUUCGAGACGAUUGUCCGUGCUCUUGCCCCUUACCUCCAGAUCAAGAGCUCCGAGGAUGACUUGGCUGUGCGCAGUGGUGUCUUGGAUGCCAUGGCUCGCAUGGCGGUAUCCGUCGGUGCCGAAGCUUUCCAACCAUAUGUGGUGGACAUCAUGCAGUCAAGCCACGAGGGACUCCACCUCGAUAACACCCGCCUCAGGGAGUCCAGCUUCAUUCUCUGGAGCAGCUUGGCCAAGGUCUACGGAAAGGAGUUUGCGCCCUUCUUGCCUGACGUUUUCCAGGCCCUUUUCAACAGCCUCCAGUUGGAGGAGGAGGAAAUGGUCCUCAAGCUGAGCGAGGAAGAGAAGGGAAUUGUCGGCACCGAUGACGACAUCAUCGCCGCUGGUAAGAAGAUCAAGAUCAAGGAUCUCGAGGAUGAGGAGAGCUUCAUGGAGGAAGACGAUGAUGACGAUGAGUGGGACGAGAUUGGUGUUUCUCUCGAGGCGCUGGAGAAGGAGGUUGCUCUUGAGAUCCUCGGUGACCUGCUCACCCACGCUUGCGGCCCUGCCGAGAUUGCCCAAUACCUCGAGAAGUCGAUCGAGAUGGUCGCCCCUCUCGCCGAGCACUCGUACGAGGGCUGCCGCAAGUGCGCUAUUUCCACCUUGUGGCGUGCGUAUGCGCGUGUCUGGCAGCUCAUGGAGCAGGAGACUGGCAGCAGCUGGGAGCCCGGUCUUCCCCUCAAGCAGGCCCCCACCCAAACCAUUGUCAAGCUUGGGGAGAUUGUCACCAAGGCCACCAGCGCCAUUUGGCAGCAAGAAGCCGACCGGUCUGUUGUUACCGACAUCAACCGUAAUGUUGCGGCCACUCUCAAGACCUGUGGACCGGCUAUUAUUGCCGACAACGUCUUCCUGACCGAGACCAUCACUGCUGUUGGUGCCAUCAUCACUCGCUCCCACCCCUGCCAGCAGGAUCUUGGCGAUGACGACGAGGAGCAGGAGGUGCUGGGUUCAUCCGAGUACGACUGGCUUGUUAUUGACACGGCCCUUGACGUCGUGAUUGGCCUUGCUAUUGCCCUCGGCCCUGACUUCAACGAGCUCUGGAAGAUCUUCGAGAAGCCCAUCCUCAAGUUCGCCGGUUCCGAGGCCGAGAACAUUGAGAGGUCCACCGGCGUCGGCGUCAUUGCUGAGUGCGCUGCCAACAUGGGCGAGACUGUUACCCCCUACACCGAGAAGCUCCUGAAGCUGCUUCUCAAGCGCUUGUCGGAUACGGACCAGGAGACCAAGAGUAAUGCUGCGUAUGCUGUUGGACAGCUCAUCUUCAGUUCCACGGCUUCCAACAUCUACCUUCCUCACUACCAGACCAUUCUCCAAAAGCUUGAGCCCAUGCUCCAGAUCCCUGAGGCUCGCAUCAAGGACAAUGCUGCUGGCUGCCUCUGCCGCAUGAUCAUGGCUCACGCUGACCAGGUCCCUCUUCCUCACGUCCUCCCUGCUCUUGUCGGUCUCCUACCGCUGAAGGAGGACUUUGAGGAGAACACGCCUGUCUACCAGUGCAUCAGCAAGUUGUUUGAGCUGAACGAGCCUACCAUCCAAGGCCUCGCCCCCCAGCUUAUUCCCGUGUUUGAGGCUGUCCUCAGCCCUCCCGCGGAUCAGCUCGACGACGAGACCCGCGAGAUUGUUCGCCACAUGGUGCAAGGACUGUUCAAGCUCAACCAGGGACUGUUUAACAACCACCCAACCGUUUUGCAGUUGGCUGGUCUCGCUUGAGCUGGUGAUGCUAGGCAGAUGAGGUGUCCGGGCGUUUGAUGCAUAGCGUGGAAUGGGUGGAUGUUUUUUUGAUGGUUUCCAUCGUCAGCACUUUGUGCUAUGAGUUUUCUGACCUGAUGAUAUGGGACAAGGGAGGGUUAUUAGGCGCACAGGUUCGGCGGAGGCUCUGGGUUUAUAUAAAAAGUUUUGGCCAAGCAGGCAACCCCCUUGUUAGGAAUC